AUGACAUUCCCCAUGAACUUCAAUGACGAAAUGCUGCGCGACGAAGGGCAUCAGUGGACAGACUAUCUCACCGAAGCCACGCAGCAUCCCACGCCGAGAGAGGUCAUUAGGGAAUUUGCCACGGGACUGUAUGAACUACCGGACUGGCUGAAGUCGCUUGGAGGGGAGUUGGACGACACAAAUUAUGACAAGAUGCAAGGCCUCUUUCGCACUCACUCCAGACCCACCUUUAUCCUCACCUGA